CAAUAAUCGUAACGAACGCCCUGUUUGAAUGGAGUGGAGUAGCAGUACAACAUGGGCCAGUCCAUCCUGCUAAAAAUCGCACCUGCUCUUUACAUAUGCUUCACUUAUCUUUUCCAAAAUGGCAGCGGCACACCAACUUACUUAACUGCGAAUAGACCGAUAAAUAUCAGGUUUCUCUUCCCUCAUUUCACUCCGUUUGAAGAUAUGAACCAUGCGCUUUCCCGUGCUCAGCGAAUGGGUUUACAAUAUUCUGAGGCACUAACCGACAGAACAGCUAUUCGGAUUUGGCCAGAAGUUGCAGCUAACAUAACUUUUAUAAUACACAAAUACAUAGAGGCAGCUUUAGCUCUCAGAAGUGAAGGCAAUCAAUCAUCUUCCAAUUUCACUAUGCACGAACUAAGCAUCGAAGCCAUCAAAGGUUCAUCAGAAACAAAUGAAAACUUUUUCUUAUAUAAUCUUUUGCGAAGCACUGAAUCUAUGAUAGCAGAUGCCAAAGCAAAAGGACUGCCACCAGAAUUUUAUCAAGCUUUUCGAGACGAAAAUUUGUUGGAUGAAUCUUCUGUUGCAGCUGAACCACUGUUUAUGUUAGGAAUGAGAGCUUGGAGAAUGGUUUUCUUAUUAGCUGUCAGUGCCAAUCCUAGUUUAUUCCUUACGGAGAAACUUGUCAGACCACCGUUACCGGACACUUUUUUAACUCCAAGCGACACACAUGAUGAAUGGAGCUUAGCAUUUAUUGACGAAUACUGUCGCCUCAUUGAGGAGCACUAUUCCGAAGUCAUCACCAUCCCCAACGGAUUCUGCCCUAGCCCAUGCAUGAUGGAACCAUGCGCGAAUAUUCCCUUCACCUCUUCCGCUAAAUGCAUACCAACUGGGACGAAGUGGUAUCAAUUUAAUUGCAGUUGUCAACCAAAUUUUAAGUGGAUACAAUCACCAAAUGCGAUUGGUCACUGCCAGUCGGACACUACAUGCGGAACAUACUGUGAUCGUGAGGGCACCCGGAGGUGUGAUGUUAUCGAAUACAAACAAUUCUGCGUAUGCAGACCUACGCAUAUGGGACCGACGUGCAGCAAAAUUAGAGAUCCGUGCCUAGAGAUGUCCAGCCCUUCAGAAGUACCGGGCAACACUUCAUGCAAUGCCCCGAAUGGAGGUGUAUGUAUCGGAGUGCCAGGAACAAACACCUACCGCUGUGUAUGCCCAUCUGCCUAUAUCAGUGAUCCAUCCUACAUUCUACCCAACUGUUUGGCAUUCAAAGACCGGUGCAUGAGAGUAAUAUGCGCUCAAGGUGACUGUAUUUCUUCGAGAGAUGGUCAGGAAACUUACUGCAUCUGCCCGGAUGAAGCAUAUGGUGAGCACUGCGAACUCAUCCGAGGAAAAUGGGCUCAGUGGUCCCCUUGGUCUGAGUGCACUCCAAGCUGUGGUGUUUCCGAAUACCAGCGACGCGUUCGAACCCGUGAUUGUCUGGGUGAGGCCUGCCGAGGUGGUGAGGGUCAUUUGCAGAUGGAGAUGUGUAUCACCAUGCCGUGCCCGGAUGAAACACUUGCAUUGGCAAGACAAGGUCGGUCAGAAGAAGUGGGCGAAUUGAAAGUGCAGAUGCUGCAAGCCCAAGCAGCGCGAGGCGUCAAGUUGGUUGGUGCGGUUGCACAGUCAUUGAUUCUGAUUUCAUGUGUGUUCGCCGCCUUAGCUGCAACCGCGAUGGCCGUCAGUGUGCAUCUAAUGUAACGCAGAUACAGCUGAGGAGAAAAUUCUGGAUAAUUGAUUACUUGUUUUUCUAUGGUAACAUUUCGUGAAUGCCAUUACUCUGAAAGCAAACACGAUUUAAGGUGUUCUUGUUUCCUUUUAGUAAUGCAUAAAUUUUCUGCUGCUUAUUACAGCUG